GACAAAAACCUGCACACCGACACAAAGUUUCUAGAAGGACGCCUUCUAAUCAUCAAACCGUAGAGAAAGACGCUGACACACCACGGCAUUUAUAACGACUGUGUGUUUCUACUUUGAAGAAAUUAGACACGAUCAACGCGUUAAAAGGGGCCGUAUUGAUUAUUUGGCAAGAUGGAUGCUGCUAUCAAGAACCAACUGAAGGCCCUUAGGGAAGAACUCAAUCUGGAGGAAGGUGACGAAUCUGUCUACACCCACGUGAAGGAACUCAUAUUAGAUGGUACCACUAUCAAGACCCUGAGCCCAAGCGACGCAGAUCUCUUGGCUAAAUGCAAGAAUCUGGUAAAGCUCUCCCUUAAUGGUACGGGUCUCACCUCACUUACUGACUUCCCGGAAAUGCGCUCCCUGAAGGUUCUGGAAAUGACUGACAACUACCUUGCUGAUACCGUUAUUUUCUCCAUUAUACCAACGCUGUUCCCUAACCUCAGUAUGCUACACCUAGGAGGAAAUCAUCUCAAAAAACUAGACGACAUCCAUUUACUCAGUAACAUGAAACACCUAGUUGCCCUGGGAUUAGCUAUGAACCCGUUGGCUGCAUUGGAAAACUAUAGAGAAAAGGUGUUCGCGGCGCUGCCAAAGCUUCAAAGCUUGGACAACGUGGAUUGCUCUGGUGUAGAACGUCAUGUGGACUCUGACGCCGAAUACUAUGAAGAAGAUGACGAAGAGGAAGAAGAUGUACUCAAAAGGUUCUACGAAGCAGAUUACAACAGCGAGGAUGAUAAAAAUGAUGAUGAAUUCGUACCGGAUGAUGCACCAGAAGAGGAUGAAGAUUUCUACGAAGAUGAUGAGGAGGAAGAAGAUGAAGAAGAGGAGCCCUCGGAAAACACUAGAACUAGCUCAAGCUCCAAACGCCCACGUGAUGAGUCGGAUGAUGAAGAGGAAGUAAAGAGAAAGGCAUUUUAAAAUACAUUUACUUACCCCGAGUGAAGGUAAUACAAUUUAGCGGGUUGAUAUAUGAAUACUGAUUCUAAU